AUGGAACCCAAGAAGAGUGGUGGUGGUGGUGGGGCAUUUUAUGUUCCUGGGAAUGAUAGAGUUUUUUAUAAGCCUCCUGAGAAGAAAUCUCCUUUUGGUUUACAUGUCUUUGCUAAUGCUAAUGCAAAACGGGAAGGCUAUAUAAGUGAGAGAAUAGAAAACCAACAUGAUAGUAGUGAUUAUGGUAAGGAUUAUUAUCAUAGAAGGAAAUCUGGUGGACAAUAUGAACAAGAUCAAUGUGGCGGAGGAUAUGGAAGAAAGCAGAGUAGAUAUGAAGGUUCAAUGAGGAAACAUGGCAGAUCAUCUGAUUGGGAUGAUGGGAGAUUGGGAUGGCAAGAUACACCACGGCAUUCUAGUUACUCUAAUGCUAGUAAGCGCCAUCAAGCCGGUUCUGCUGCUUCUCCAUGGGAUUUCUCGCCAGUUGAAAUUCCUUCUGGAUACUCAAUCAAAUCUUCAAGUUCGAAACAUGGUGCAGGUUCCCAUAAACUUACUGUUUAUUCAGAAAAUUCAGAGUCAUUCAAGGACGGAGAAGGUGAUAAGACUGAUUUGGAUGAAGAACACAAAUACGAAAUUAGAGAAAGCAUGCGUCAAGAGAUGGAUUACAAUUCUGACGUUGCAUGGUAUGAUAGAGAAGAAGGAAAUGCAAUGUUUGAUACAACUGAUAGCUCAUCUUUGUUUUAUGGAAAUGAUGCUUCUUAUCAGAAGAAGGAAGCAGAGUUGGCAAAAAGAUUGCUUCGAAGAGAUGGCACUAAGAUGACCGUUGCUCGGAGCAGAAAAAUGUCUCAGCUCAAUGCUGAUAAUGCUCGGUGGGAAGAUAGUCAACUUUCGAGAUCUGGUGCUGUUAGUGCGACUAAGGCACAGACUGAGAUUGAUGAUGAAGAAGAACACAAAGUUACUCUUCUUGUGCAUGAUACAAAUUUAAAGCCUCCUUUCCUGAAUGACAGUGCUGUUUUUACCAAGCAAGCAGAGCCAGUAAUGCCAAUAAAGGAUCCCACGUCUGAUAUGGCUAUAAUUUCACGCAAAGGGUCUGCUCUAGUUAGAAGAAUCCAUGAGAAGCAAAAUUUGAAUAAAUCUCGUCAACGGUUUUGGGAGCUUGCAGGUUCCAAACUAGGUGAAAUCCUUGGUGUUGAGAAAACAGCAGAGCAGAUUGGCACAGAUACCGCUGCCACAGGCACGGAUGGUGAAAUUAAUUUCAAAGAAGAUGCAAAGUUUAAACAGCAUAUGAAGAAUGGGGAGGCUGUGAGUGAAUUCGCAAAGUCAAAAACCAUCUCACAGCAACGGCAGUGUUUGCCCAUAUAUUCUGUGAGGGAUGAAUUACUACAGGUAAUUCGAGAAAAUCAAGUUAUUGUUGUUGUUGGAGAAACUGGUUCUGGAAAGACAACUCAACUGACACAAUAUCUGCAUGAAGAUGGAUACACCGUAAAUGGUAUAGUAGCUUGCACCCAACCAAGGCGUGUGGCAGCCAUGAGUGUUGCAAAAAGAGUUAGUGAAGAGAUGGAGACUGAGCUUGGCGAGAAAGUCGGUUAUGCUAUUCGUUUUGAGGAUGUGACUGGACCGAAUACCAUAAUUAAGUACAUGACUGAUGGAGUACUUAUGCGUGAAACACUUAGAGAUUCUGAUCUUGACAAGUAUCGCGUAGUUGUGAUGGACGAAGCCCAUGAAAGGUCACUAAACACGGAUGUGCUUCUGGGGAUUUUGAAAAAAGUGGUUGCCCGACGUCGUGAUUUUAAGCUCAUUGUGACAUCUGCGACACUAGAUGCUCAGAAAUUCCAGACUUUUUUUGGAAGUGCACCGAUUUUUGAAAUUCCUGGAAGAACAUUUCCUGUAACUAUCAACUACAAUGAAUCCCCAUGUGAAGAUUAUGUUGAAGCUGCAGUGAAGAAGGCCAUAACUAUUCACAUCACCAGCACUCACGGUGACAUCCUGAUCUUCAUGACCGGCCAAGAUGAGAUUGAGGCAGCUUGUUAUGCCCUCUCAGAGCGGAUGGAACAACUUAUCUCCACCUCAAAGAAUCGGGUGCCAAAACUCUUGAUACUCCCUAUAUAUUCACAGUUGCCUGCUGACUUGCAAGCAAAGAUAUUCCAAAAAGCUGAAGAUGGGGUUCGUAAAUGCAUUGUAGCAACCAACAUUGCUGAGACAUCUUUGACAGUAGAUGGAAUCCUGUAUGUCAUUGACACAGGUUAUUGUAAAAUGAAAGUAUACAACCCCAAAAUGUGUAUGGAUGCUCUUCAAGUAUUUCCUAUUAGUCAGACUGCUGCCAACCAACGUGCUGGGCGUGCUGGCAGAACUGAGCCUGGAACAUGUUAUCGGCUGUACACAAAGAACGCAUACCGAAAUGAAAUGCUGCCUAAUCCUGUGCCAGAGAUUCAGAGGACCAACCUUGGGUAUGUGAUCUUGUUGCUCAAAUCUCUUCAGGUUGAUAACUUGCUAGAUUUUGAUUUCAUGGACCCACCUCCCAAGGAUAAUAUUCUCAAUUCUAUGUACCAGUUGUGGGUGUUGGGUGCUCUUAACAAUCAGGGCCGCUUAACUGAUCUGGGCUGGAAAAUAGUACAGUUGCCAUUGGACCCUCCACUUGCUAAGAUGCUGUUGAUGGGUGAAGAGCUGGAAUGCUUAGAUGAGGUUUUGACGAUUGUGUCCAUGCUUUCGGUGCCGUCAGUAUUUUUUAGGCCCAAAGAUAGGGCAGAGGAGAGCGAUGCUGCACGGGAGAAAUUCUCCAUCCCAGAGUCCGACCACUUAACACUGUAUAAUGUUUAUCAGCAGUGGAAACAACGGCAGUAUCAGGGAGACUGGUGCAAUGACCAUUUUUUGCAUGUUAAAGGGUUGAGAAAGGCUAGAGAGGUGAGGUCCCAGCUGCUAGAGAUCCUGAAGACACUAAAAAUCCCAAUUUCAUCCUGUGGGCCUGAUACUGAUAUUGUGAAAAAAGCUAUUUGCUCCGCAUACUUUCACAACGCAGCAAGAUUGAAGGGUGUGGUGGAGUAUGUAAACUGCCGGACUGGGAUGCCAUGCCAUUUACACCCAAGCAGUGCUCUUUAUGGUAUGGGAUGCACUCCAGAGUAUGUGGUUUAUCAUGAAUUGAUUUUGACAACAAAAGAGUAUAUGCAGUGUGCCACAGCAGUGGAGCCACAAUGGUUGGCUGAGUUGGGACCCAUGUUCUUCUAUGUAAAGGAGUCAGAUACGUCAAUGUUGGAGCAUAAGAAGACACGAAAGGAAGAGAAGACAGCUAUGGAGGAGGAAAUGGGGAAUUUGAGAAAGACUCAAGCAGAGGCAGAGAAAGAAAGCAAGCUGGAGAGGGAAAAGAGAUCCAAGCAGCAGCAGCGAAUUUCAAUGCCGGGUUUGCACCAUGGCUCUUCUGCAUAUACGAGGCCAAAGAAACUUGGCUUGUAA